AUGCCGACUCACUGUCACCCAGUUGCCCUGCUGCAGAGGCUCUGUUACCAGAACCGAACAAUCCACGAAGUGUCGUUCAAAGAUGGGACUGAUGUGAACAGAAAUGUAGUGUUUACCUCAAGCACAUCAAGCCAGAAACUCUUUAUGAAAGAGAAAAUAACUGGAAAAUUAAAGUAUAAGGACUGCACGACUGUUUUUUAUGACCUCAGAUCAAAUUGCAGAGGUCAGUAUUUCUUCAGGAUUGAGAGUGAAGGUGGACUGAAACAGACCUAUAAAUAUGCCAAUGUUUCAAUAGAUGUGAUUGAGUCUCCUCCCAAACCCAGAGUGCAGCUGUAUGUGGAGCAGAAGGAGGUGCAGGGUCAGGAGGAGGUGUUGGAGGGGAGCUCUGUGAGUCUGCGCUGCUCUGCUGAGACUCUCUGCUCCUCUCCUCCACCAACUCUCACAUGGAGCUCCACUCCCAGAAUCCCCCUCAGUGAGAGCAGCAGACUACAGGAGCUCAUCUCUGAUCUGAACUUCACUGCUACUCACCGUGAGCACGGAGUCACUUUCACCUGCACUAUAACCUACCAGCUACAGGACAAGACCAAAACAGCACAGGACAACAUCACACUACAUGUUCAGUAUUCGCCCAAAAACACAGCAGUGCAUAUGCUUUCCAGCUGUAGCAGAACUGAUGUAACUGUGUGUUUCUGUGAGGCUGAUGGGAAUCCCUCUCCUGAACUGGAGUGGCAUCUGUCUGGACGUAAUGUCACUAACUCUUCAAACACAUUCAUCAGUGAAGAGUGA